AUGGCCCGUCCAGUUGUUCAUAAAACAGCCGAGGCGAAGCUACAAGCUUCGCGUGAAAGGCACCGCUGUCAUUAUGCAAAAGAUGAUAUUUUGAAGAGGCGGAGAGUGCUUCGUAGCUCGAAGACAAAGGAAUCGAAAGAAGCGAAGAAAUUAUCCAAAGAGCUCUUGAAGGCUGUCGCAAAAGCCUUGCGUCGUAGGGAUGAUGAUGAAUCUGAGUCGGAGUCUGAGUCCGAUUCAGAUGAUAACUCGGAGUCAGAAGAUGACGAAAAUAUCAAGCUUGAUGGUCUUCCAGAAUGCUUACGCGUUAUCAAGGACAUCAAGGACAAAAUGCCGGCAAUGAUCGGUGAUAACCCCUGCAAAUUUGUUGAGGGAGUCUUUUGCGACUACGUGAAGAGUUUCCCCGAAGACUCUUCCCCUGGUGAUAUUUCUAUCAUUGAAUCCUCGAUUGCAAAGGUCCAAAAAAUACUCAACCAGGCCAUUCCUGCACAAGAUCAAAUCUUGAAUUUUUGCGGAGUCUCACCUGGCUCUGAGUGGCAUGCUGCUGACUUGGUCACCCGUUUCUUAAGGACCAUGCUCGCAUAUCUAGAGGACAUCGAGGGUCUGAUUUUUCUUGGAGGAGUUUGCGAGCUCACACUUGCUCACUCGAUGGGGGAGAUGAUGUAUCAGAAAGGCCUCAGAAUUUGA